AAUUUAUUCGCCGCUGGAGAUAGAUCUAGAUCUAAUGUAGAAUAGAUCUAGAUUCUAAGUCUCUCUAGAUCUAGAUCCAGAUUUCUAGAUCUAAAUCCUAGAAGGCUAGAGUAGAUAGUGCUAGAUUCUAUACUAGAUUCUCUAGAUACAUGUGUACUUGGUGUAGUGUGUAGGCUAGGCUAGAGUAGAAUCUAGAUUCUAAGUAGUGAAAGUACUAAACUCGGCCGAGACUAGAGAUAGGUCUAGAAUCUAGAUUCUACUUCUAAUAGUAGAUCUAGAUCUAGAUAGAUCUACUAACUACUAACUUCUUACUUACUAAGGCUAACUAAUUUAACUAAGUCCUUGCAAACACGUGACCUAAAUCAUGUGAUACCUACAUCCGCCACCACGGUGGUGUACACCGUACAUAAACAAUCAGCUGUUCGUCAGCGCUGGACGUGUUCACUGUAUGUAAAGAACCGCAGGAAAGGAAAAAUACUUUUAAAAACUUGAACUCUUAGGAAUUGAAGAUCCUUAUAGUACUUAUACUGUUAUUGACAGUUUCGUGGAUAAUAUAAAUAUGUGGCCGAAAUUUCUAAAUAAAAAUACUGUUAGUAAUACUGUUUGCGUUUAGAGUUUAAGUAGACGAAUCCGAUCGAAUGCAGUAAUAUAUUUAUAAUAUAGGUUCUCUAGAUCUGGUUAAUGUAGAUUCUAGAUUCUCUGUUAAGUACAAGAUUUAGUAACAAUAGAUCUAGAUCUAGUACAACCACACUACUGUAACAAACGUGAGACCACUUAACUCCUAAAAAACCUGCACUGCAACAGCUAAUAUAAUUCAUGGUGCAGAUAUAAAAUGCUUGUGUAACCCUCACUCAGUGGGGAUGCUUUUACCCACUGAGGUGUUGUGGUUAAGACAGGCUGACCCUGAGAUUUAGUACACACUGACACCGACAGUUGUUGUCAAGUACUCGCUUUAUUUACUGCAUCGAGCCAUGACGAGUUCAAAGAGAAAAUACCGAAGAAACAAGAAACCAAGAAAACUGUAGCCCUAAAACAAAUGUCAACAUCUUGGUCACCGUGUCCACAGACGGCAGCCUUACGUGUGACUGACACGGCUAGGCACGAAACUACCCACAGUCCCAUGUCACAUGAUAUAGGACACAGAUUUCUACUUGCAGAUCCAGACUAUCUAUAUCUAACACAAUAAUAUUAUUUUAAAGUAUCUGAACUUUAAAAAUAAAAAACAAUCACAAGUAUGCUAGGUUUGGAUAAGAACAAGAAAAGUUUUCUCUUAGUGUAUGGAUCUGAAACGGGUCAGGCAAAAGCUAUUGCUGAAGGCAUUGCAGAAAAGGCAACACCAUUUGGUCUAAAUGCUAAUUUGUUUUCUCUAGAGCAAACAGGAAAGCAAUUCAACAUAGAAAAAGAAGAUUGUAUGGUUAUAAUUAUGUCAACAACAGGAGAUGGUAAUCCACCAGCUAAUGCAGAAAAGUUUAUGCGCAGAUUAAAAAAUAGAACGCUCAAUAAAGAUUAUUUAAUCCAUUUAGGAUAUGCUCUUUUAGGUCUUGGAGAUACUAACUACUCAAACUUCUGUCGAUGUGCUAAAGAUUUAGAUAAAAGAUUAGAAGAACUUGGUGCCAGAAGAUUUUACACUACUGGAUUUGCUGAUGAUGCUGUUGGGCUUGAAUUAGUUGCAGACCCAUGGCUGGAUGGCUUAUACCCUGCAUUGCUGAAGUUUCUUGGUGUUGAUCAUAUAAAGGACACCAACAUAACACAAUGUAUUAACAAAUUGACAAUAGAGGCUUCAGAUACAGUACAAAGUACUCAAAUAACUUAUGAUGAUACCCAAAAAUUUGUUUCUCAAUCUACUAUAAAUGAAGAUGAAGUCUCAAAUUCCAUUAAAACUAAGCCUAACAGAACAAAUAAAGAAAAAACCUGUAUCCCAAACACGCUGGUAAAUGGUUCACCUUUAUCAUCUCCUCAUGCUUCACUAUCAGGCAAGGAUUUGACAGUACCUGUUUUACCUCCGCCAUUUUUAGAAGCUGUAUUUUCUAAUGAAGCUGUAGAGCUUUCUACAUUAAAGUACCAGAAUGGUUGCAAAAUGCCUUGUGCUGCAUCAAGUAUUUUUCAUGCUCCUGUUAUAACUGCUAAAGUUCUUACAAAUUCAAAAGCCUUGAAGAAAACAUUGCUGCUACAAUUGAACAUCAAAAACGCUGAUUUUUCUUAUGCCCCUGGUGAUGCAGUUUCUAUCAUUUGUCCCAACAACUCAAGUGAGGUUGAUCUUCUUUUAGAAAGAAUUGGGAUGGUUAAUCAUGCAGAUGAAAAAUUGACACUUUCUGUUAUACCAAAUACUUCAAAGCUGCGAGCUGCUGUACCAUCUCAUAUACAUGUCACUUCUACUUUAAGGCACAUUUUUACAACUUGCUUAAAUAUUCGAGAACCCCCUAGCAAGGCAUUAAUAAGAACCCUCAUAGAAAGCACUUCGAAUCCUAUUGAAGUAAGAAGAAUGCAAGAGUUGUGUAGUAAAGAGGGUAGCUCACAAUAUACAGAAUAUGUUCGAGGAUAUCAGAUUUCUUUACUUGAUAUAUUGUAUGCUUUUCCAUCUUGCUACCCACCUGUGGAGAGAUUAUUAGAACAUCUACCUCGUUUGCAACCUAGACCCUACUCUAUUUGUAG